ACCUUUGAAGCAAAAGCUUCCCCUCACGGUGGCGUGACAUGCACCAAUCUCGCCCCAAAAGGAGUCUAGUAGUAGCGGAACUGUGGGAAUGGAGUAGCUAGCCGGCGAGUUGCCCUAGUGGCCGAGUCCUCUCUUCUUCUCCCCUUCUUCACCCAUAGUCACAGUAGUCAGUUGUCACUCCACACUGCUACCUGCUACAUUGCAGCUAGCUAGCCAUGGUGGUCCUCGCCGACUCAGCAGCAAGGAAGCUCCUUCAUGGCGCCGUCGGCCGAGCCCGCACCCUCGCCGGCGACGCCGCCGUCGGCAUGAGCUUCGGCCUCGACGGCCUGUGGCAGCUCAUCGCUGGCCUCUUCGGCGGCCUCAUCCACCUGCUUCUCCUCCCGUUCCAGGCGCUCGCCGGGGCCAUCGCCCACGUCUUCGAGGCCCUGGGGCAUGCCAUCCAGUGGCUCCUCGCCGGCGUCGUCGCGGGGCUCGGGAGCUUGGUGCACCUGCUUGUGAUGCCGUUCGAGAUGCUGUGGCGCGGGGUCCAGGCGGCCGUCGCCGGCAUCGGCCAUGGAUUCGAGUCCCUGGGGCACGCCGUCCAGGUGUUCUUCGCCGGCAUCGUGGCUGGGCUCGGGAGCUUGGCGCACCUGCUCGUCCUGCCGUUCGAGAUGCUGUGGCGCGGGCUCCAGGCGGCCGUCGCCGGCAUCGGCCAUGGAUUCGAGGGCAUGUGGCAGGGAAUACAAGGGUUCUUCGCCAGCAUCGUGGCUGGGCUCGGGAGCGCCGCGCACCUGUUUGUGCUGCCGUUCGAGGCGUUCUGGCGGUGGAUCCAGGCGGCCGCCGCCGGCAUCAGCCAUGGCUUCGACGGCAUGUGGCAUGGCAUACAGGGCUUCUUCGCCGACGCCGUCGCGGCGCUCGUCAGCGUGGCCCACGGGCUCGUCCUGCCGUCCGAGGCGUUAUGGCGGUGGCUGCAGACGGCGGCCAGCGGCAUCGGCUCUGGCUUCCAAGGAUUGUGGCAGAGCAUACAAGGCCUCUUCGCCAGCGUCAUCGCAUCGCUCGCCGGCGCUGCUCACGACCUCGUCCACCCGUUUCAGGCGUUUUGGAAGUGGAUCCAGACAGCCGUCGCCGACGCAGGCGCCGGCAUCAGCUUCGGUUUCGACGGCUUUUGGCAGUACAUCCGGUCCUUCUUCGCCAGCGUCGUGGCCAUGCUCGCCGGCGCAGCUCACGAGCUCGUCCAACCACUCGAGGCGUUCUGGAAGUGGCUCAAGACCGCGGCCGCCGACGCCGCCACUGGCAUCAGCUUCGGCUUCGACGGCUUUUGGCAGAACACCCGGUCCUUCUUCGCCAGCGUCCUCGCCACGCUCGCUGGCGCAGCUCAUGAGCUCGUCCAACCAUUCGAGGCGUUCUGGAAGUGGCUCAAGACCGCGGCCGCCGACGCCGCCGCCGACAUCAGCUUCAGGCUCGACGGCCUGUGGCCCCUCGUCAAGCGCCUCUACGCCAGCCUCCUCGCCACGCUCGCCGGCGCCGCCCACGAGCUCGCGCCGCGCCUCGAGUCGUUCUGGCGCUGGCUCCGCGCCGCGGCCGGCGCGGCGCUCCCGUACGUGCUGGUGAUCGCCGCCGUGCUGUGCGUCGCGGCGCUCGUCUGGCUCUCCUGGCCGUUCUUGCUCCACGCCGCCGUCCAGAUCGGGCAGGCGCUUGUCUCCGCCGUGUCAAGCGGCGCGCACUACCUGUUCGUCCCCUUCGGGCAGUGCUGCGUCCCGCUCACCAUGAUGAGGGCCCCGGGCGCCGCCGGCCUGAUGAUUUCGCGAGCAGCAUUCGAAUCACUCCCGGAGCUCUACUUCCAGAUACUGCGGUCCGCCGGACGCGUGGUGGCCGCCGCCGUCUUCCGCGCGCCGUCCAUCGCGAGGGCAUGCGCGGCGCCGGUCGCCGCCCUCUUCGGCGCAUCAUCAUGAUCAAUACUACCUCUCUGUCGUCAGUAAUGUCUGGCACUCUGGCCUCUAUUUGUGAUACUAGCUGUUAACUAUGUGAGCUGUGCUACCGAUCAGCGUGUGUGUUGGGUUAAUAUGGAGUACUGUAUUUAAUUUCCAGGAAUGAUAUUACAUUACUGUUAACCAGAGUACCUCUCUCUGUUUACAAAA